AUGGGUGCCAAGCAAAUUCAGAUAUUCAACGACUCACAGCUCGUUGUCCAUCAAGUCAACUAUGACUUCACGGCCAAGGACAUCUCUAUGACAGCCUACCUCCAGCAUACCUGCCAUUUACACAAGCACCACUUAUCUGUACCAUUGAUCACAGCCCUACGUGGAUGGACCCCAUCAUUCAGUUCUUGCAAAACCAAACACUAUAUGCUGAUCCUGCUGAAGCAUUUCGCUAUCGCUCCACCCGAUACCUAA